ACGUGUCCGCUACAGUAGGAUCAUAUGACUUCAGUCGAUGAAAAUGAAAGCUGGGUGCAGCCAGCUUAAACCUGCAGUGCUUAUUUUGGUCUUUAAUUUAUGUUUUUACGGAAGUUAUCAAGUAACCGAUCUGCAGAUAUGUGAGCUCUGCAGCGGUGCUGUCCUUAAUGGCACUGCAGUGGGCCGGUUCUGCUCCUCAUCCGCUGGUCGGAUAGAAGGACGAUGCUGUUUGAGAAAUGACAACACAAGUGACCCUGAACACAUCAUCGGGUUGGAUCUGUCCUAUUGUUCACUAACUCAUGUGGAGGAUCUUCAUAGAGCAUCAACAGCAGUAAUGAUAGACCUCUCACUCAAUCCAAUUGUCAACAUCAGUGAAGCAGCCUUCCAAGGAUUCAUUGAGUUAAAUUACAUGAUUUUACCAGAAGACAUAUUUUGUCCAGGGGGCAACACCUCUUGGGAAAAGGUAGAGGUCAAUAAGGGAAAUCGUUUCUGUGAAGGCCAAAAAGAUACGUGCAACCAGACCGGACAGCUGUCCAUGAACUGCCCGGAGAACUCCCUCUGCGCGUCCUACGGCCCGAGCUUCUUCGAGUGUAGCUGUGCUGACGCCUAUCAUGGAUACAAGUGUCUGCGAGAGGGGGAGUUCCCCCUUCUGCAGGUGUUUGCGCCUCUUGGAGCCUCUACAUUUGUCAUCUCGCUCCUGCUGUGGCUCACCCAGAGACGUAAGGCUGAGCCACUCUGAACUGCACUCAACUUUUUAUAAUCCCUGAUGAUCUACUGAGCUAUAGUCGAAAGGGAAAAUGCUGGCACAAAGUCUGAGGUGACCCCAGGCUUUUUUUUUAAACUACAUUUUGUAUUACUGUGUGUCAGCUUUAUUUAAUUUAGGUACAUUUUAAAAACUGACAUUUUUCAUCAGUGCAAUUUUAGGAAGAAAGUAAAUUGAACAUUUUAAAUAUUUCUACCUUUUGGCAAUAAUACCAAUGUUACCACUUUCAUUAUCUUUUUUAAAUGACACAAGAUAUUAAUGAGCAAGUUAUAUUAAAGAGAAUUCUGAGGCUUUGCUUGA